GAAUCUAUGUCCAGAACCAAGUCACUUAUACCAACUACACAACUAACAGCCAAGAACAGGAUUCUUUGCUUCUCUAUUACUUUAAUCUGUCACAGACAAGCACCUUUUGAUUGGGAAAAAGAAUCAUAUUUCACCUCAAGACACAGUAUUAUGGCAAUUAAAGAUAAACUCAAAAGCUACAAUAGAUCAAAUAUAUUUUCCCAUUUAUUCUCCCAAAUCUUAACUGAAGAAGAAUACAGAGAACUAGUAAUCAAGAGGAAACUAGAAACAUGGGCAGCAGCAGGCCUUAUAAUUCUACACCAUAUGAAAAUUGGAGCAAUGGACAGUGGCAUGAUCCUAAUUCACAUGGACCUGAGCACAGAUGGCAACCCAGUUUCCCUCGUCCUCCGCCUCCCCGGCAAAUCCCUCAGAAUCCUAGACGUGUCGUUCAUGAUCCAUGGUUGCCUGUAACAGAUGGACCAUUUCCAGUACCUCACGGUGCAACUAGUUAUCCAUAUCGAGGCCAACCACGACGUAGGCUACCUCAUGCUCCUGUUCGUGUUCUAGUCCAUAACGAUGAUCUAACACAACAUGAACCAUAUCCGAGACCAAGCCAACUUCCAUUUGAUUCUCCUCCUCCUCUAUGGUUUAUGCAGAACAGUGAAACGUCGAGGGAUGAAUCCAAAUUGAGCCCAAAUGAGCAAAAGGAAACCUUGAAUAAGCUCAAGAAAGAAAUCUACAAUCCUGUACAAUCAAAAGUUGCAAAACAAGUAGGACUUUACUUUAGAGGCUUGAAUAAUAUUACCACCAACGAAUCGAGCAAGGACAAGGAUGAGGAUGGUAAAAGAUGUUCAAUUUGCUUGGAAGAUUUUGUGCCUAAAGAAAUGGUGACAGUUACACCAUGUAGACACAUGUUCCACGAAGACUGCAUCGUUCCAUGGGUGAAAAGUCAUGGCUCGUGCCCUGUUUGUCGAUUUGCUAUCUGUGAAAGAAUGAAACAGGACACAACAGACUCAUCGGCGCCAAGGACUACUAUUGCAACAAACACAAUGCCAGCACAUGAACUGAUGAUGGAAAGGGACCUGAUUUCAAUUAUGAGUGCAUUUGAUGAAACUUUUGAAUUGGAUCAAAUUAGAUCAUUUCUCCUACCAAGAUUAACUAGAGGCUAAGUGGGAUUGCUUAAGUUUUUUAGGCUAAUGUUACUUGCCUUUGGUUUAUUCACUUUCUGUUGUAGCAGAUUCUACUUGUAUGAACACACAAUGAGAACAUGUAUUUGUUCUGUCUUACAAAUGAAAUAUCUUGCUUGAAUAAAACAAAA